AUGCUGUCACUGCCGCUAUCGACACGCUGCGUCCGGCCUUGGGCCGCUGCGACCCAGAAGCUGCCGAAGGUAACCAAGAGCACAACUUCACACAUGAGCUCCGCGGGAUCCGAAACAACACGCGCAGCAGCUGCGACUAGAGAUGCUCCGGCGAAGGUUGGGGUAUACGCGGGUGGGAAAGAGAUGCCCUUCACGUCGAUCCUUCGAAUCGAGGAUCCCGACAAACUCCCGGUUUGGCCGGUGUUUCGUGUUCUGGACGACGACGGCAGCGUGCGCGCCGAUGCGGUAGAACCGAAACUCGGCAAGGAAACGGCGUUGAAGAUGUACGGCAACAUGGUCCGCCUGGAAGCUAUGGAUGACAUAUUCUACAACGCGCAGAGACAAGGCCGGAUCUCGUUUUACCUGCAGUCGGCCGGCGAAGAGGCCCUUCAGAUGGGCGGAGCGGCGGCGUUGGACAUGAAUGACAUGGCUUUCACGCAAUACCGGGAGCCGGGCCUCCUAAUGUGGCGGGACUUCGGCGUUCAGAGCUUUGCGGACCAGUGCUUGAGCAACAUCAGCGACCUCGGCAAAGGUCGCCAGAUGCCAGUCCACUAUGGCUCGAAAGAGUUGCACUACCAGACAGUCUCGUCGCCGCUAGGAACCCAGAUUCCUCAAGCGGUGGGCGCGGGUUAUGCCUUGAAGCUGUCUGGCAAGGACAACAUCGCGGUCUGCUACUUUGGUGACGGGGCGGCCAGCGAGGGAGACUUUCACGCGGCGCUUGCCCUGGCGGCCACGAGGGACGUGCCCGUGCUCUUUGUUUGCCGAAACAACGGUUAUGCCAUCAGCACUUCAGUUGCAGACCAAUACCGAGGUGAUGGCAUCGUCUCUCGCGCCCCGGGCUAUGGUAUGCACGCCGUAAGGGUCGACGGCAACGACGCUCUGGCGAUGUUUGCCGCAACGGCCGAGGCUCGGAGGGUUUGCCUGUCACAGAAGAAGCCGGUCUUGAUGGAGGCCAUGACCUACCGCCUGGGGCAUCAUUCGACAUCGGACGACUGGAGCCGCUAUCGGAGCUCGAACGAGGUGAAGCAAUGGAAGGCGAACCAUCAUCCGAUUCGACGGUUUUAUUCGUACUUGGAGGGUAAGGGCUGGUGGGAUUCCGCCAAAGACCGAGUCCUGAGGGACAGGGAAAGGCGGUCGGUGCUAAUUGCGCUCGAAACGGCCGAACGCAAGGCCAAACCAAGCUUGGGCAGCAUGUUCGAGGACGUCUACGAGGUGGUGCCCCCACACUUGCAGGAACAAAAGCAUCAGCUAUACGCCCAUCUCGAAAGGAACGCGGGCCGGUACGACGGGGCGGGUGGCUGAAAGCUCCCUUGACGUGUAGUCGAUAUCUACGAAGGGAGGUUAGGGUUCUUCGAAGCCGUUGAAGGCUCUCACAUGUCCCACGAUUCAUCGAUGUUUGGUGAUGCUGACAGCGUGUAACGCUAGACAUUGGUAGAUCGUUGAUGUGCUAGAUCUAACGGUUUGUUUGUCGAAGUUUCAUGAGGAGGUGAUGAACUUGUCGAGUGGGUAUGGCACCGCAUGCACAGACUACCAGCAUGCUGUACCUGUGGGGUCGUCCACGUUAGAAUGUGCACGGCUGUACCAUACCAGGUAUAAACUAGUUCAGGCAUAAAGUUGCCCACAUUGACGCCAAUUAGGCGCGGCGGGCACCGGUGGUGUAAAUAUCAAACGACAAAGCCAGAAAAGCGGCAUUUUAUUCACGAAAUCUGGACGAUCGUAGGCAUAGGAGUCCGAAAAAAUGUAAGAAUAUGCUGACCUGUCGAAUAACAGGACGCAUCCGGUUUCCUGCUUCUUUCUCCUUUGUAUCUCUCUCCUAUUCAGUUUCCGGCGUGGUUCGAUCGUGUCCCUGUUAGUUUUUGUUCUGUGUGCUCUAUGCUGUUACCGCGUUUGAGGUGUUGUUUCUGGGUUCGUUUUUAUUUCGCGUACUACAUACGUACACGAUACACGGUUUUCAAUGUGAUUUUCCGCGGU